AUGUACUUCGUUAGUCCCAGUGAUGUCGAACGUUACCAUCUUCGAUUAUUACUGUUAUAUACUCCUGGUGAAUGUAGUUGUGAUGAUCUUAAAACAGUAGAUGGCCAAGUCUGUCAAACAUUUAUGGAAGCUGCCAAAAGACGAGGCCUAUUAUGUGAUGAUACGGAAUAUGAAAGAUGCAUGUCUGGAGCUGUUAUCUUCCGGAUGCCACAACAACUAAGAACACUUUUCUGUGUGAUACUUUUAUACUGUAAUCCAACAAGGCCUGUAGACCUCUGGAAUUCAUUUAAAGCACAUAUGGCCGAGGACUUCAUGCAACCAGUGGAUAGUGAAACAGCAGAAGCAAUGGAAUUUUAUGCAAUUGAUGCAAAACUGAAAGAACAAGGUCGAAGUUGCAGUGACUUUGAUAUACCAUCACCCACAUCUGUUCCUUAUUCAUUCGAAUCAAAAAUUAUCAAUAAAGAAGAAGAACUUCGAAUGGGACAAGAAAUGUAUGCAAUGUUGAAUCAAGAUCAACGUUCAAUAGCAGAUACAAUUCUUGCAAGCCAUCGUACACAAUCAACAACUACUGCUGACUCAUGUUUCUUUAUCGACGGUCCUGGAGCUACAGGGAAAACUUAUCUCUAUAACACUCUGUAUCAUUUAUUCAUAGGACAAGGAAUCUAUGUUAUGACAGUUGCAUGGACAGGAAUUGCUGCAAGUUUAUUACCUGAAGGAAGAACUGUACAUAGUCGUUUCAAGCUUCCUGUGCCUAUCUUAGAAACAUCUACAUCAAGUAUUCGACCAAACAGUCAGGAAGCUGAAGAGAUUAGAAAGACUCAAGUUUUUAUCUGGGACGAAGCACCAAUGGCUCCAUGUUAUGCUCUCAAUGCAGUUGAUAUUUUGCUGAGAGAUAUAAUGAACAUCGAUGCGCCGUUAGGAGGAAAAAUUAUGACACUCGGUGCAGAUUUUCGACAAGUUCUUCCAAUCAUUCGAUUUGCAAACAGAUCAGAAUUAAUUGCAGCAAGUCUCAAAGGUUCCAACCUUUGGCCUUACUUCAAAGUCAUCCAUCUACACCAGGACAUGAGAACAGGACCAGGUGAAGAAGAGUUCUCAAAGUCGCUUAUUAAGCUUGGCAAUGAUGAAUUAACAUCGAACGAAGAUGAUGAAAUCGAAUUGCCUAGCUCCUGUAUGUUAAACGGUAAUUUGGUCGACGAGAUCUUUGGCCAACACAUUUCUAUUGAAGAUGUUCCAACUCUAUGCAACAGAGCAAUUCUUUGUCCCAAAAAUGCACAUUCUCUCUUGGUCAAUGAAGAAGUUCUUCAACGACUACCAGAAACAGAAAAAACGUAUACAAGUGUGGAUGAAGUAGAAUGUGAAGAUGGUGAUGAUAUUACCAACUAUCCCACAGAAUUUUUGAAUAGCCUUACACCAUCAGGAAUGCCUCCCCAUAAACUUAAACUAAAGAUCAGUGCAAUUGUUAUGCUUCUUCGCAACCUCGACGUUCAUCAAGGUCUAUGCAAUGGAAUUUGA